CGAAAGUCUUGGCUAUUCCCUUUUUCCCUUUCUCCCCCAAAACUUCCCAACUUCCCCAUCUCCCCCCAACUCCCCAACUCUCUUUCACUGACCACUGGCUGUCUCUCUAAUUCCUCCGCCAUCUCCCCCUUCUAUUCUCCUUGCCGAUAACCUUCACCACAAAUCCCUCUCUUUUAUCCCGUCCUCAAUGGCCUUCUCCCAACGUCCCAAACAUCUCUCUACCCUGCCGCUGACCCUUGUCCCGACUUCACCAUCAAUGUGCAUAUUCUACAUAUAUAUCCAUCGCCACUCCAUCUCCUCCCCACUCUCGCCCUCCAUUUAGCAUGCUGCGCUCUCACUCUCGGCCCUUUUCUUUUGGCUAUCCUUUCUUCCUCGUGCUGCUGGACUUCUUCAUACUCUGUGCGGACGUCUGCGACUCGCCUGUUGUUGUUGUUGCUGUUGUGUAGGAGGACAUGGCAUCGCAACACAAUCUCCAUUCGCCAUCUGCCAAAAGUGCCCCACAGUAUGACCCUGCUAUGCCAAUAGCUGUCGUAGGCCUUUCAUGUCGUUUUCCUGAUACCGCCACUUCUCCCCAGAAGUUCUGGGACUUCCUCGUCAAUGCUCGUUGUGCCUUGAAGGAUAUCCCCAAAGAUAGAUUCAACAUAGACGCCUUCUGGCAUCCCGACUCGAAAAGACAUGGCUCCAUCAACGUCCGUGGUGGCUACUUCCUGGAACAGAACAUUGCUGCCUUUGACGCCCCAUUCUUCUCCUUGACCGCUGCCGAGGCCGUAUCCACGGAUCCUCAGCAACGACUUCUACUCGAGACUGCAUACGAGGCUAUUGAGAAUGCCGGCAUCUGCAUGUCCCAGCUCGCCGGUAGCCAGGCCUCAUGCUACGUCGGCUCGUUCAUGAAAGACUAUCAACCACUCGCUGCAAUCGAUGCAGAGAAUCUGCCAGUCUACGGCUCCACUGGCCACAGCACUGCAUUUCUGUCCAAUCGGAUUAGCCACUUCUUCGACCUCAGAGGUCCUAGUAUGACCUUGGACACUGGCUGUUCCGGCUCGUCUGUCGCCUUCCACCUAGCCUGUGAGAGCAUCAGGACGGGAGAGGCCACCGUCGCUCUUGCAGGUGGCGUUGGUGCCAUACUUGCACCGGAUCCAAUCAUGAGCAUGGGUCAGCUGAACUUUCUCAGUCCAGAUAGCAAGUGUUACUCUUUCGACCACCGUGCCAACGGAUACGCCCGAGGCGAAGGCUUUUCCAUUCUGGUUCUGAAAUCCUUGGAUGAUGCGAUCCGCGAUAAUGACACGAUCCGCGCUGUUGUGAGGGCCUCUUCUGUCUGCCAGGAUGGCAAGACUCCUGGAAUCACUCUACCCAGCAGUGACGCUCAAGCUGAUCUCAUAGCGUCUACAUACCGCAAAGCACGUCUUAGCAUGCUCGACACACAAUACUUCGAGGCUCAUGGCACUGGGACAACUGCGGGAGACGCGGCCGAGUUGCGUGCAAUAGGACGAACAAUCGGCGCCAACAGACGACCUGGUGAGACCAUUCUGUGCGGCUCCGUGAAGCCAAACAUUGGUCAUCUCGAAGGCUGUGCUGGCCUUGCUGGCAUCCUCAAGGCUAUCAUGGCCGUCGAACAGGGCCUCAUUCCCCAAAAUCUAUGGUUUGAGAAACCCAGUCCGGAAAAUGACCUGGACGCCUACCGAGUGACCAUCCCCACAGAGCUCACAACCUGGCCUACCCAUGGUAUCAGGCGGGCAUCGAUCAACUGCUUUGGCUUUGGCGGAACAUUGGCCCACGUUAUCAUCGAUGAUGCUGCAAGCUACCUUCGAAAUCACGGGCUUGUCGGGAACCAUAAUGUUCUGUCCAUUGACAGCAUCUCGCCUUCGGAAGCUUCAAGCGAUAUGUCCUUUGAGAUCAUACAUGGGAUAGCCGAGCCUGAAAGCACAACAUCACCAAAGCUUUACGUGUGGUCUUCACCUGAGCAAAGUGGAGUCACGAGGCUGAUGAAUACCACUCACUCCUACCUAGAUGGCUUCCACCGCCCAGAUCUUGUGGACGAGGAGCUGGCGAGUAACUUGUCUUACACCUUGUGCUCUCGGCGCUCGACCUUUGCAUGGAGAUCUUUUUCCGUUGCAACUUCGACAACUGACUUGCAUACCGCGUUGGGCUCAAGCUUGACAGCUCCAACCGUCCAACGCAGUACCGACAAUCCGAAAAUCGCUUUCGUAUUCAACGGCCAGGGCGGCCACUGGGGAAGAAUGGGACAUGAGCUCCUCGUGUACGACACAUACCGUCAAAGUAUCGCUGCUGCCGAUAGGUAUAUGCAGAGUCUCGGAGCACCCUGGUCCGCCCUGACAGAGCUUUCCCGAAACCAGUAUGACUCAAAAUUGGACCAAGCUGAAUACAGUCAACCCCUGUGUACUGUCCUCCAGGUCGCGAUAGUCGACCUACUUUGCAGCUGGGACGUCAAACCGGUUUCGGUCAUCGGACACUCUAGCGGCGAGAUCGCAGCUGCAUAUGCGUCGCACAGAAUCUCAAGAGAGGAUGCCUGGUGUUUGGCAUACCAUCGUGGCCGCGGUAGCGCAGCGUUGGCACGAGACCCUGACGUACAGGGCAGCAUGAUGGCAGUCGGUCUGUCCAGACAUGAAGCAGAACAGGCCAUCAAAGACUCGGGCGUCAGUGAUGUUGUGGUGGCUUGCAUCAACAGUCCCAAAAACGUGACCCUCUCCGGAAACGCUGCUGGGAUUGAGAAGCUCAGAGCACAGCUCGAUGCUGACGGCGUGUUUGCAAGACUACUCAAGGUUGAAUGUCCGUACCACUCACCGUACAUGCGAAAGGUCGUGGACAAGUAUACCGAUGCAAUCAAGCACAUUCGUCCUACUGCCAAGCCGGAGAAUGGCGCCCCCAGGAUGUUCUCAACUGUGUAUCCUAACGAGCGUCAAUUGGAUCUUGGGCCAUCAUACUGGAUAUCUAAUCUGAUUUCUCCAGUCGAGUUUACCGCAGCGCUGGAAAAGUUAAUGGCGUAUAAUCUAGAUACAAAGCGUUACCACGAAGCCUCCCAUAGAGCAGAUAUUAUCGUUGAAAUCGGGCCCCAUGCAACAUUACAAUCUAGCAUAAGACAAAUAUUCGAGGGAAUGGGGCAGCCACAGCCUAUAUACGCUUCUACCCUGAUACGAAACAAGCAUUCUGCCCAAAGCUUAUUAUCUGCCAUGGGCACUAUAUGGGCCCAUGGGUACCCUGUCUCGCUAUCCAGCCUGUGCCGCAACGGGAGUACCGACUCGAAGCUAAUCACGGAUCUACCACCCUAUCCUUGGAAUCACUCCAAGCUUUACUGGCAUGAGGCUCGUGCAAGCGCUGCAUAUCGCUUUCGAAAACUGCCUCGCCUGGAUCUCGUAGGCGCGUUGACGCCAGACUCGAACAACAUCGAUAUGAAAUGGCGAAACACGAUUAGGGUCAAGGAAAUGCCAUGGGUCUUGGACCAUCAAGUCCAAGGUACCGUGCUGUACCCGGCUGCUGGCAUGCUAUGCAUGGUCCUCGAAGCAGCUCGACAGAUUUUGGAUACUGAGCAAGUCGUGCAAGGCUUCGAAUUGCAGAAUGUUAAGAUUGGCAAGGCUAUGAUUAUACCCACAACGCCACAAGGCUUGGAAACGAGCCUAACAAUACGACCAAAGGACACAGCAUCUCCAGCAUCACUGCCGCAGAGCACUCUGAUUCAUGCUUUCCACAUCACAGCACGGCUAGGCGAGCAGCCUUGGCAAGAGCAUUGCAGUGGGGAAUUCAGAGUGCUAUACAAGGACACAAAACUCACACAGCUACAUUGGACCAAAAGACAAGAGAUAUACAAACAAUCUUGCGUAGACGCUACGCCCGUGGCUCCCGCAGAUGUCUAUGCCAAAUUCGAGGCCACCGGCUUGAAAUACGGCCCAAUGUUCCAGACAGUACACCAAUUAAAACUAUCGCCAUCUGGCGUGGUGACGGCUACCAUCAGGAUUCCUGAUACCAAGUCUUCUCUACCAGAGAACUUUGAGCAGCCCCAUCUGCUACAUCCUACGACGCUCGAUGGCCUUUUCCAGACGGUUGUACUGACUGCCUCCGACUCAAUGGUGCCGACAUCAAUCGAACGUAUCUAUGUCUCUGCCGAUCUUCCCCAAAAUACUGGAGGAACAUUUAGAGGUUAUGCGACUUCGUCUCAGCAUGGUCUUCGAGGCGUGAAGGGUAACAUGAUAUUCGGAAAUGAGGAUUUCAGUGCACCGAAAGUGAUCCUCGAAGGUGUCGGCUAUACAAGAUUCGAUGCUCCUACCGAAGCAUCCAACGCAAGUACUUUUAUUGAUCCAAAGGCGAAGCUAUGUAGUGCCUUUGUCUGGAACGAGGACGUGAACCUCGGGACGAAGUCUAUCUCGACAUCCCUAUCACAUGACACUUCGAUCGACGAUUUCUUGUUACAUUAUUGCUCCAUUCUUGCGCACAAGACCCCGAAGGGGUCGGUCUUGGAGGUUGGCCAGCGGUCAAUGCCGUUCGUCGAGUCUAUGCUACUGCACUCGUUGCACAGCGCAGAGACUGCGCCGCCGUUCUUUCAAUACAACGUUACGAAUACCAAUGAUAAUGGGAAACGAAUUUGCGAGAAGCUCGAGAACUGGGCCGGACAUUUGGAAUUUAGGCCUCUGCAAAUACACAAAGAUCCGCAAGAACAAGGAUAUGUCGCUAAUACGUACCAUUUACUCAUCUUCAACGUCGACAGCGUUCAGCUUGAAGACGCUGGCGUGGUUUUGGACAAUCUGCGAUUGCUACUGAAUAUGGAUGCCAAGAUCAUACUGUUACAGCAAAACACGACGGGUGCUAGGAGCGAUUGGAACCCAACAAUUACAAAUGAACUUUUGGCUGCUCGAGGCUUCAACAGCAUUCAUCAGCGAUUCCAACGCGAUGGUUUCGCUGUUAUCUGCGGACUAGUUCGGCCUCAAUCGUCACCAAGCCUGCAAGUGGCUGAUGCUGUUGACGAAAUCAUUCUGGUCCAACCUACGGAAGUUUCUCAAGCAAUCAACGCACUCACAGACGCAGUCAAGGCGGAGCUUUUGAGCCAAGGCCAUAGUGCAGUGGUCAUGGAUGUCGAAACUGCUACUACUGCAUGCAAAGAUCGUAAAUGCAUAUCGCUGUUGGAGCUCGAGCGUCCGUUCAUCUCCGGCAUGUCCGAACAUGACUUUCAAGCAUUUCGACAGUUGACCAUGCACUCGUCCGGUACACUUUGGCUCACGCGAGGCGCACAAAUUGAAUGCUCCCGCCCUGAUCUAGCCCCUGUUCAUGGCAUCUUUCGAUCGAUGCGCAAUGAGGACUCUGGCUUGGCAUUGUACACGUUGGACCUCGACUGCGAGGACGAGUCACGGAGUGCGGCUAAAAAUGUGGUUGCUGUCUUCAGAAGUGUCUUUGUGGAAGAGUACGAUCGCGAGGAAUACGAGUAUGCAGUCCGCGACGGAAAAGUCAUGAUUCCGAGGGUCAAAGAAAUGAACAACAUGAACGAGCUGCUCCAGGUCGAGUGUGGUAGAGAAGCAAAGCUGGUGCAAACGUCAUUCGAACAGGAGCCAGGACCGCUAAGUCUGGACAUAGGAGCCGCUGGCCAAUACGAUUCAUUACGCUUCGUGGUAGAUGAACAGAUGAUGACAACAGAGCUGGCUGAUGACGAGGUCGAAGUUUCGAUCAAAGCGGUCCAUCUUCGAUCGGUUGACUACCAUACCUUCAGUGGCCAGACAACAAAUACCGUCCUCGGACAGUUUGCGGCUGGGUUCAUCUCAAGACUUCCACCAACUAAACAAGGCUCACGGGCGACAUUCUCUGAUCUACUCCUAGGUGACCGUGUCGUCAUUUUUGAACCUUCGGGUGGCCUGGUUCGGAACAGAGUGCGCGUACCACGCAGCUCAGUCAAGCUUCUCCCACAAGGAGUUCAAUACGAGGAAGCCUGUGCGUUGUCUCAUGAUGCUGUCGUUUCGCACAAAGUCUUGGGGCCACAUGCCCAUGCCACGAGCAUACUCUUACUAUGCACCACAAACGAAACAGCACUCAGUUUGAUAAGAUAUAUCAGCAUGAGCCAUCAGCAUGAGAGCACUAGAGUCUGGAUAGUCGUCAAGAGCCAAGCACAGAAAGCGGAUCUGAUCAGAAGAUGGCGCAAGCUCUUUGCAAUGCACGAUAGCAUCUUCUUCAACCAAACUACUAUCUUGAUCGAGGAUGAACAGGACUGUGCUGAAGUGAUACUAGAGGCAACAGGGCAAGAGGGUGUUGAACUAGUGGUACUGGGUCAGGACGAGGAGAUCACUGAUGCGGUUUGUGACUGUCUAUCUCAAGAUGAAGGCAGUCGCAUUGUCCAUGUGAUCGACAUUCCGUGGCUACAGAAACAGAAGCCCCUCGUCCUACCAGAUACGACAAUGCCAUUCACCUAUACCAGAGUUGACCUCAACGCUUCCAUGUCAAGACGAGCUCGAAAAGGCAACCACCAAUUUCAUGACGCCAUGACGAAAGCAUUCAGCAUGCCGCGAGUCAUGCGGAAUCUGGAAGGUACACGGAUCUAUGACAUGUCCCAGAUCUCCUCCGCGCUGAAUGAUUUGAGCCAAUCGUCUGAUCCAGUCGUCGUCACGUCCAAUGCUUCCACAACGGUCGCAGUGGUGCCUAGACCAAGUUCGCUCGCGCUAAGACAGGAUGCGACGUAUAUGAUUGUUGGAGGCUUUGGUGGCGUUGGCCACAGUCUGGCUCAAUACCUCGUCAGACAUGGCGCCAAGUAUUUGGCCAUCAUCUCCCGAUCCGGAGCGAACAGCCCUGACGCUUAUAAGAAGAUGGUCGAGUUGGAGCAAAUGGGAGCGUCAGAUGUCAAGGGUUACGCCUGUGACGUGUGCAACUUUGGAGAGCUGAAGGACACCAUCACCCGAAUCGAAUGCGAGCUUCCUCCCUUGGCUGGUCUCAUCCAUUCCGCCAUGUCUCUUUCCGACACCUUGUUUGAAAAGAUGUCUUACGACACCUACUGUACAGCAGCGAGACCGAAGAUUGAAGGGUCGUACAAUCUCCACACCCUCCUCCCGAACAAUCUUGACUUCUUCAUCCUCAUGAGCAGCGUAGCAGGCGUCGUAGGCACACGAGGCCAGGCCAAUUACAAUGCCGGUAACGCUUACCAGAACGCACUUGCAACAUACCGUCAGACUCAAGGCUUACGCGGGUCUGCCAUUGCUCUUACCGUCACCACCGGCGUUGGCUGGCUUGCAGGAAGUGAAAAGUCUGGUAUCGUCGAGGGGUUGAAGAGUGACGGUGUGGGAACUAUUACGAUGGAAGAAGUUCAGGCCCUUCUGACGCCCCAUUUCUCGACGAGGCCGGAUACACCAGACGCGGAUCUUCCACCCGCCGAGACUAUACUCGGCAUCUCGUCCGGCGGCCUGCUUGCCCAGUCCUCCAUCUUCAACCCGCUCUGGGCCCACGACAACAGGUUCUCCUGGUACCGCCGCCUCGACCUCAUCCCGGAGCCCACAAACUCAACAUCAACCCCAACAAUGACAGCAACGAAAUCCGCAUCUCUCAACAUGCUCCUCCCAGGCGCUGCAUCGCUCCAAGCAGCAACCACAUUCGUCCUCGACGCACUCGUCGCCAAGCUGGCCUCCAGUCUCCUCAUGCCCGAAACAGACAUCGACACCUCGAAGCCCAUCAGCAGCUACGGCGUCGACAGUCUCGUGGCUGUCGAAGUGCGUAACUGGAUCUUUAGGGAGGCGAGGGCGCAGGUCAGCGUGUUUGAGCUGUUGGCUGGGGGCCCUAUCAAGGGUAUGGCUGAAAAAAUUGCGCGGAAGAGCGCGCUGGUUGGGAGGGGUGUUUUGGAUGUACCGUCGUCGCCUGCGUGAGUGUGGGUGUGAGAGGGCGAUGGGGAGGGGUGGGUGGAGGCAUUGAUUAGAUUGCGUAGACGCAUGGAUUAGACGACCGUUACGAAGAACGCAUUUUCGGGUAUGUUAUCGUUGGGAUUUUUGGGAGGUUUGGUUUAUAUGGGCGGCAGCAUUUAUACUGUUUUGUGAGAGUGGAGUUGGAAGGGAUAGAUAUAACGUCCGCGCAUGUCAUGACUAUACUAUACUGUAUAUGUGUGGAUUUUUGGGAUUAUUUUUGUCGAUUAGUAUAUAGUAGCGUGAGGUAUAGAAGUAUAUAGGUCUAUAAGUCUAUAAGUCUAUAAGUCUAUCAGUGUGUAGGUCUCUAUAAGAAGAUUACCGACGCCAGCAUGCGCAUGGGC